AUGGCACCUGUUCCCGAAAUCCAAGAGCACGGAAACCAACCUACAACUACAACUACAGACGGCGGUCAUGUUGAAGAUGGCGGCAUCAUGCUUGGCCCCACAGAGUUAAAGGAGCCACAAAACAUCAACAUCCAAGAUGAUGGCCAAACUACCCAAGCAAUUCCUUCUGAGGCGCCUCGCAGAUAUAUGGAAGGAUGGAGAUUAUACGCUAUGAUAUCCUCCUUGUGUUUAUCCUUGUUCCUAUCGACGUUAGAAACGACAAUAGUCAGCACAUCGCUCAUCUCUAUCACAAAUGCCUUGGGAGAUUUUGAGCAGAGAGAUUGGGUGGUUACCUCUUAUCUCAUCACUUAUACAGGCUUCUUAGUGGUAUAUGCCAAGUUUAGCGAUAUCCUAGGGCGCAAGUUGAUGAUAUUAGUUGCGAUAGCCUUCUUCACGGUCUUCUCGAUCGUUUGCGGCUCAAUCUCAAAUAUGACUCAGCUGAUUGUGUUCCGGGCUCUGCAGGGCAUCGGUGGCUCCGGAAUCUACGCGAUGGUAACAUGUAUCCAGCCCGAACUUGUCCCACCUGAGAAAUGGGGGAACAUCAUCGCGGUCGUCUCCCUGGUCUCCGUCCUCAGUUCCGUCCUUGGUCCCAUACUCGGCGGUGUAAUCAACAACCAUUCCUCCUGGCGAUGGGUCUUCCUUUUAAACGCUCCGGCUGGAGUAAUUGCGACUGGUUUAAUAGCCUUCGUUAUGCCCGCCCAAUUCCCGAAUAUUGACGACUCAGCGGGCCUAAUGAGAUUUCACAGCAAGAUAUCGCGGGCAUCACUUCGUCGACUUGACAUUAUUGGAGCCAUACUGUUGCUUUUUUCGUCUGCUCUAAUCGUCUUCGCUUUCGAGGAAGCAGGGUCUCGAUACAGCUGGCAAAGCCCGACAAUCCUAAGCACUAUAAUCGUCGGCGGUGUCCUAUUCAUCGGGUUUCUCGGAUGGGAAAAAGUUGCAGAUCGACCAAGAGCUACUCAAGAACCCAUCUUCCCUCUUCGACUAAUGAAGAACCGCUUGGUUAGCUCUCUUACCAUAAUUGCCUUUUGCACAGGACCCCCCUUUAUGACCGCGAUAAUCAAUCUUCCACAACGCUUCCAAGCGGUUGACGGACUUAGCCCAUUUGAAGCUGGCACUCACCUCUUACCUCUCCUGCUUGCCUCUCCCGUUGCUACAAUCGUCGCUGGACAACUCGCAACGAAGUUCAAAAUGCCCCCCUUUUAUAUUCUUCUCUUUGGAGCAUCGAUGCAGCUAUUAGGAAUUGGACUCGCGAGUUCGGUCCGGUUUAAAAGUGGCAAUGCCAUGUAUGGAUAUGAGGUAAUAAUGGGCUUCGGGUUUGGAAUGGGUCUCGUUUCAUUGCUGAUAUACACACCAAUGGUGGUAAAACGGUCUGACAUGGCCGUCGCCAUGGGAGCAAUUACCCAGAUACGAGUACUUGGCGGGACAAUAGGGUUAGCCAUUAGCUCAACGGUUCUCAACAAUCACCUCUCCUCCACUCUGCCCGCCCUUCUCAAUCCGGCGGACAUCAAGCAGAUCUCAGACUCUGUGCAGCAUAUCAAUACACUCCCGGACGCAACCCGCGAUGCGGUACGUCAAAUCUUCGCUGAUGGUUUUAACUCGCAGUUGCGAGUCAUGAUGUAUUUUAGUGUGGUGGUUUGGGUCUUCGCGGCGACACUCUGGGAGCGUAAGUUGAGAAGCGCCGCAAAUGUCGAAGGCUAUUGA